CUGUCAAUUACGCUAAUCGUAAGCAUUAAUCAAAAUUAACCAAAUGUAGGGGAUUAAUAACUUUUAUGGUUCAAAAAAACGAAUCAGCCCGUCAGCUGAUUGCAUUUAUUUCAGAUUGUGAUGGGGUUAACCAAAUCAUAGUUUCUGAAAACGCUUCAAUUCAUUAGUGGAUGUAACCUAAUAUAUGAAACGUAAAAUAGAAGAAGUGUUUUGUCUCGAUGAAAUAGUUUAAGUUUUUUUCUAAUUAUUUUUAAAAUGACCAAUAAUAUAAAACAUUGUUUAUCGAAAAUUUUUCAACCUAUGACCAUUAUCCCAAAGAAUUCAAAUUUAUCAAGACAACAGGUUACAUCGAAAAGCCAAAGGUUGAUGUUAGAAUUAGGUAUUAUCCAACAAUCUAUCCCUGGAUGUUUUCAUCUACUUCCUCUAGGAUUGAAGUCGUUAGAAAAGUUGAUCAAAAUUGUUGACGAUGAAUUAUUCAAAAUUGGAGGACAGAAACUACUGUUUCCUACGCUCACCAAAAGUCAACUUUGGGAAAAGAGUGGUAGAUUGGAAGAUGUAGGACCUGAACUUUUUCAACUGGAAGAUCGUCAUAAACAUAGUUACAUUUUAAAUCCUACACACGAAGAAGUAGCUGGUGAAUUGCUAUCUAUGUUAGCACCAAUUUCAUACAAAAGUUUCCCAUUGAGAUUGUAUCAGAUCUCCAAUAAGUUCAGAGAUGAAAUAAAACCGAGAUUUGGUUUGAUGAGAGGAAGAGAGUUUAUUAUGAAGGACAUGUAUAGCUUUGACGUUGAUAUAGAUAAUGCAAAAAAGACUUAUGAAGAAGUUUGUCAAAGCUAUGAUAAUAUUUUUUGUACCAUCGGAGUUGAAUAUGUAAAAAUUUUGGGUAAUUCUGGCACAAUGGGAGGCUCACUGUCUCACGAAUAUCAGUUUAAAGCUCAAAUAGGUGAAGAUAAUGUUCUAAAUUGUAGCUCUUGUAACUACACUGCCAAUACUGAAUUAUGUGGUGAUCACAAAUGUCCAAAUUGUGGAGAAACUACUAUAAAUAUCCAAUGUGGAAUAGAAGUUGGUCAUACGUUUUAUUUAGGAGAUAAGUAUUCAAAAGUUUUUAAUGCUACUUAUGUUGGAAAAGACGGAAAAUCAGGAAUAUUACAAAUGGGAAGUUAUGGAAUUGGUAUAAGCAGACUUUUAGCUGCUUCUCUUGAAGUUUUAUCAUCAGAGAAUGAUUUGAGGUGGCCUAGUGUCUUAGCACCUUAUAACGUCAUCAUAUUACCUCCCAAAUCUGGCAGUAAUGAAGAAACUCCAACUGAGGGUAGAGCGACUGAUUUAUAUACAAAACUUGAAAAUAUGAUACCAUGUUUGAAAAAUAAUGUUCUUUUGGAUGAUAGGACUUCUUUAACGAUAGGGCGACGAUUUGUGGAUGCUAAAAGAGUUGGUUAUCAAUUUAUAAUAGUAAUUAAUAAGAAAACUGCCCAAGAAGUUCCUUUAUAUGAAUUGAACGAUAUAAAAAACAAUUCGCAGAUGUAUCUAACAGAAGAGGCGUUAAUAGAUUAUAUUAAAAAAAAUAUUAGAAUGAAUCAAACUUAAAACAUGUAUUUUGUAUAUUUUUUGUAGUAUUAUUAUAGAAAAUGCCUUCUACUUUUCUUCUGGGGACUGGGAUAUGCUAAUUUGUGUAGGAACACCAGUAUUUUCUGUCGGCAGUUCAAAAUCUUCUAUAUAAUUCAGCCAUACUUUCAACUGAGUUUGUCUUGCUUUGGUAGCCACUGGUGAUUCACUGUAUUUACAAGGUAUUUUUGGUAGGGUUUCAGAUAACAUUGUGUAACUAAAAAUAAUCAUAAAAAACUGUUAUUGGUCUAUUUUCAUUUGAAACUUUUUCCAUUAUAUCUUUAGAAUGAAACAAAAACAAUUUAAACUCAACAACAAAUGAAAUAUGUAAGUUGAAGACAGCUAAAUUAAUAGUAGGGAGAAGGGGCUUUACUUGAAUGUCCUAAAAAUCUAGUAAACUUUAAAACUUAAAAAAAUAUGAAGAAGAAAAGGUUUAAGUACAUAUGGAUCUUCAGCUCAUGCUAUUGUGUAGUUUAAAUUAAGGAAAGGUUCUUCUCUUCCGGGGCCAAUUAAAAAUGAUUGAUUACGCCAGAUUAUUAGGGUUUUAUAUAUCUAGUGGUUAACAACAGUUUUUUUCCUGUUUCUAUUUAUUUCAAACAUUAAAUUUUUCUAAUAA